GGUUAAAACGGUGACAGCGGAAACAAAAAAAGUAGUACGCAUGGUAUUCUGAGAAAAAGCGAACACAAGACUAAUAUUCCGUGAGAAUUCCAUGUAUACACGCAUGCAAAACGUCUGUCCUGUGAACACAAGAGUUCGAGAGAGUCCAAUUCCACCUCACUCCAACCGUUUAGAGAACAAGCCCGGCGCCUGCCACGAUGCCAGCGAGGGCCACACCCAUGCUCGCCAGCGCAUUCCAGUCGACAGCGACCGCGCCGGCCGCGCCCGUGCUCGUCGUCGCACUGCUCGCGGCCGAGCCCGAUGCACUAGACGCGGCGCUCGUCGCGGAGGAGAGGACGCUAGAGAGUGCGGCUGAGAUCGACGACGCGCCAGAGGACGCGGCGCUCGCGGCAGAAGAUGCGACGGAGGACGCGGCGCUCGAUGCGGAGGACGCGAGAGAGGACGCGACGCCCGAGGCCGAAGACGCAGCAGAGGACGCCACGGAGGCGGCUGACGAGGCUGACGAGGCUGCGCUGCCGGUGGCGCUCGAGGAGGAGGCGGCGGCGGACGAGGUUGCGGAGCUUGCACCGGACGAUGCGCUGACGGCGGCGCACUGUGCCGCCUGGAGCGCAGUGACGGACGGGAUGUCACCCGGGCAGUUGCUCUGAAUGCAGGAGAGGGUGGCGGCCUGGAAAGCGGCAUUCGUGCAGAGACAUGUGAUAUCAGUGACCGAGCAUCCGUUCGCGGCCGCGGCCUGGGCGAUGCAGGUGGUGGUGCAAGCGUCGAUCGAGGGGGU